CAAAUGGAGACCAUCUACAUUUGUUCAAGUCUUAUCUUAUCACUGGUUCUAAUUCUGUGGCUAAAUGGAAGAAAAUGGAGAAAUGGAAACCUUCUACCUCCCGGGCCUCCAGGUUGGCCAGUUUUUGGAAACAUGUUCGACCUCGGAAAGAUGCCAUACCGAGCUCUAUACGACCUUAAGUUCAAAUACGGAGGUGUCCUCUGGUUAAGGCUUGGAUACAUGGACACAAUGGUGGUGCAAUCGGCAAAAGCUGCGGCGGAGCUGUUCAAGAAUCACGACGCCAGUUUCUGUGAUCGAAAGACUUUAGAUGUUUUCACGUCUCAUGACUACGAUAAAGCUGCACUCGCCUUCAGCCACUAUGGUCCCUACUGGCGCAUGCUCAGACGUCUUUACUCAAUGGAACUCCUCGUCAGCAAGCGAGUCAAUGAAACUGCUCCCAUCCGCCGGAAAUGCAUCCAUCAAAUGUUACGGAAUAUCGAAGAUGAUGCGACAGCUGCAAAGGCAAGGGGAGAAUCAGGCGAGCUGAAUUUGGCUCAUUAUUUAUUCUUAAUGUCAUUUAACUUGGUUGGAAACCUCAUGCUAUCUCGAGACUUUUUAGAUUCACAAUGCAUAGUAGGGCUAGAGUUCUUUGAGGCUAUGGACAAGUUCAUGAAGUGGGGUGGGAAGCCAAAUAUUGUGGACUUUUUACCAUUCUUGAAAUGGUUUGAUCCUCAAGGAUUGAAAAGGAACAUGAUGCGAGAUACUGGAAAGUUGAUAGGGAUUGUUCAAAGGUUUGUGGAUGAGAGGAUUGAGGAACAUAAAUUUGUAAAGGAAAAUAAAAAAGCCAAGGACUUUCUAGACGUGUUGUUGGAAUAUGAAGGUGAUGGAAAAGAAUGGCAAGGAAAGAUCCCAUAUGAGAAGAUCAUUAUAAUCAUAGUGGAGAUGUUUUUUGGUGGGUCAGAGACUACAAGCACAACAAUUGAAUGGGCCAUGGCAGAGCUACUCCGUCACCCUAAAGCCAUGGAAAAGGUUAAAGAAGAACUCAACGUAGUUAUAGGAGAGAACAGAGAUGUUGAAGAGAUUGAUAUAGAUAAUCUGCCAUAUCUACAAGCAGUCAUAAGGGAAACAUCUAGGUUACAUCCUGUUGUUCCGCUGCUCAUUCCAAGAAACACGAUACAAGAUACAAAUUUCAUGGGAUAUCAUAUACCCAAAAACACACAAGUUUAUGUGAAUGUAUGGGCCAUAGGAAGAGAUCCAGAGAUAUGGAAAGAUCCCAUGGAGUUUAAGCCAGAGAGGUUUCUGGGUUCAGACAUUGAUUACAAGGGACAAAGUUUUGAGCUCCUUCCAUUUGGCUCAGGGAGGCGAAUCUGUGUGGGUAUAGCAUUGGCUCAUCGAGUUGUUCACCUUGGUUUGGCAUCUUUGAUUCAUAAUUUUGAUUGGGAACUGCUUGACAAGGAUUCCACCUUGGAUAUGGAUGAAAGGAUUGGGAUAACAGUGAGAAAGCUUGUACCAUUGAGUGUAGUACCCAAGAAACGUCCAAAAAAUAUGAAUGUGUAAACAAACAAAGAAUAGCAUAUAUAGGCUAGAUAUAUAUUUAUGUGCAUGAUUAAUAUCCAUUUCAUAAAAUGGAAUAAUUUCUUGAUGAAUAAUUUUUUAGUUUUGGUUUUA